CUGUAUCUACAUAAUUUGAAAAUAUCUCGUCAAAAAUAAGAAGAAACUAGAAGUCAGCAUAGAUUUUACUUCGUCUAAUUUAAUUUACAAGAACAAGUUAAUAAUGCCGCCCAAAAAGCCAGUGGCAGCUAAAGCACCCGUCAAAGCUGCAGCAAAACCUGCACCAAGACCUGCGGCUGGAAGAGGGACAACCCCUGCUGCAAAGAAAGGAGCGGUCGCACCAGGUGCUAAGAAAGGAGCUGCUCCAACAGCAGGUAAAGGUAAACCAGCUGAACCAGCAAAACCAAAGGCAAAGGUGUGGACAGAAAAAGAUGAUGCAGCUCUUAAAAUACAGACCAAAUACAGGCAAUUCCGGGCAAAGAAAGCACUUGAUAAAAAGAAGAAAGAGAAGCAAGAGUAUGAGGAUCUUAUGGAUAAAUUGGAGAAGGAGGCAUUCUUACAACUUGUCAAAAUGGAACAAGAAAAAGCAGAAAAAGAAAGACAGAAAGAAGAGGAAGAAAGAAGAAGAAAGAGAGAAGAAGUAAAAAGAAAGAAAAGAAUGUUGGAGGCAGCUUUUGAAGGAGAUAUUGAGGAAAUAGAAAAUAUUCUGAAAGAAGUAAAAGCAUUGGACGACCAAAAGGGAGUGGGCACAGAUGCAAUAGGAUUAGCAAUACGUAAUAAGCACCUGAUGAAUGUAAUUGAAUGUGAGGAUGCAAAUGAUAACACUCCUCUUUCAGAGGCAGCCAAUGGAGGAGAUCCAAAGACAGUUCAGCUUUUUCUAGACAAAGGUGCAGAUCCAAACAGCAAGGGGCAGUUUAAGCGGACUCCUUUAUACCGGGCAGCAUUUGCCGGUCACUUAGAGGCUGUCCAGGCGUUACUUCAAAAUGGUGCUGAUCCUCGUCUAUAUGCAGAUGAUGGACAGAAUCCAGAACAGAUAGCGUCAGUGGAGGCAGUGAAGGAAGUUCUAGCUGAAUGGGACGUAGCGGAGACUGACAAAUUACUUCAGAAACUGGAAGCAGAGAAACAGAAGAGGAAAGAAGAACAGCAAAUGAGAAGAGAUGCUGAAACUUCCAAAUUGGAAGGAUCUGUACAAGCAGCUCAAGAGGAAUAUGACAGGAUUCAGAAGCAGUUGUCACAUGCUUAUUGUGAAAUGAACAAGAGAAUCACCGAACAUGAUACAGCCGUUGGGUCGGGCUUUGACAGACCAGAGCUUACGCUGCAGGCUAUACAUGACCAAGAGGAUGAAGUUGAAAUACUGAAGUCCAAGUGUGACAAAGCGCGAGAGGACCUUGCAAAUGCCAAGCUAAAGCUGCGAGAACAACUGAAUGAAGGUUUAGAAACAAAUGAAAAUCUUCCUGGAAUGCAAAUUCUUAUCAAAGAACUGGAUGAUGUACUUCUUAGAGAUGUUGGCGAUAAAAUCAAAGACUCGGGGAAAUGGCCUCUCAUUAUCGACAGAAGUUCACAAGCAGCUACUUUCUUGAGGUACAGGGACACAAAUUACCUCAAUACCUUAAACACGAAGGAAAUGGAGCCCAACAAAGUGAGGCUCUCUCUUCUGGGAGCAAUCAGAUUUGGAAAACCACUGGUUCUAGAUAUGAUGGAAGUCGACAUGUUUCAUACAGUCAGUGACAGAUUCGGUGAAAUUGAAAAAGGUUUAAUGGACCAAAUUAUGGACAAAAGUAUCAUGCAGGAGGAAAAUUACUUGAAACUGAUAAAAGAAGGAGAUGGACCAGAAUAUGAGAAAAACAAAUUCACUUCCUACCGGACUCAAAACUUUAAGUUCUGGAUCAUCACCAAGAACCCCUACCCCCCAGAUUACCUGUUAGACAGGUGUUACACAAUCAGAAUCUAUGUGCCAACGUAACAAUGAGGAGUACAGUCUGUGUAUGGAGUAUCUAAUCAGAAUAUCUUCCAGUUUGUCAGAAUCCCACUGAUUGAACCAGCAUUUGAUUUAUCAUAUUUAUACAUGUAUUUAUUCCUUUGAACUGUGAUAAUUGCCUCCCUGUGAUAAUAUUGAUGAGUGAUUGGCUUCAGAUUGUGAAUUUUUAGCAUGCUUGUAUACAUGUACUUGUGUAUAUUACUGUUCAAGAAUAAAAUCAGAAUUAA